UCCGCCUACCUGCCAGGAAGCAGGAAAUAGUAAUGGUGUUACUGUUUUGAUAGGCGAUUCUCACUUGAUUUUAGUCGUUGUGUGUUAUUUAUUUUCUGUUACUUUCGUGGUCGACGGAGUUUGAUGCAGUUAUGGCAUCGUUAUUCAAGAAAAAGACCGUAGAUGAUGUUAUUAAAGAACAGAACAAAGAACUGCGGGGAACGCAGAGACAGAUUACAAGAGACCGGACAGCACUCGAAAAACAGGAAAAACAGCUGGAGAUGGAAAUCAAAAAAAUGGCAAAGACAGGAAACCGAGAGGCCUGUAAAGUUUUAGCCAAGCAGCUUGUUCAAGUGAGGAAACAGAAAACGCGUACAUAUGCCGUCAGCUCUAAGGUCACCUCCAUGUCCACACAAACCAAGCUAAUGAACUCCCAGAUGAAGAUGGCUGGUGCCAUGGCCACAACCACCAAAACAAUGCAAGCUGUCAACAAAAAGAUGGAUCCACAGAAGACAAUGCAGACCCUGCAGAACUUCCAGAAAGAGACCGCAAAGAUGGACAUGACGGAAGAGAUGAUCAAUGACACACUGGAUGAGAUCUUUGAGGAUUCUGGGGAUGAGGAAGAAUCUCAGGACAUUGUGAAUCAGGUGUUGGAUGAAAUUGGGAUUGAGAUCUCAGGAAAGAUGGUUCAAGCCCCUUCAGCUGGCCGAAAGCAACCAAGCGCCGCUACAUCCAAAGCAGAUGGGAUCUCAGAUGAGGAGAUUGAGAGACAGCUCAAAGCUCUAGGAGUGGACUAGUGAUCAUGCACACAUGCACCCAAACUCCUGAUUAUUGCCUGACAACAGGAGGCGACAUUAGCACACAAUCCAGAUUCACAAACACACAUUAGAAGACAUUCAUAACAAAUACAAAUGCAUAGGCAGAUGCUGAUAAAUCGACCGUCCAAAAGCUUACAUUCACAGUCACGGACUUGCCUACUCUGGGAUAACAUGCCACACAUUGCAAAUAGAAUUUUUUUUUUUUUUUUUUGGGUGUGUGCUAUUUUUGACAACAAGAGAUGACUAUCGAGGUUGAUUAGGACCCUUUCAGGUGAGUCUCAGAUUCAUCUGGCUUCAGAACGGCGAAAAUAAAGAAAAAGUUUGAAUACAUGUGUAGUAAAUGAAUGCACACAAUGCCUUCGAAACUAAGGCAGAUGUGUUCCCUUGAAAUCUACAACUUCAGUCUCUUUGAAUGAUAACUCAGAAAUUCACAAUGGUGUAAACAAGUUUGACAGGAGAACUCUACCUCUGUAAACAGAAGAAGUAACAGGGCUGCGUCUUUAGCCUUGCCGUGUUUCUUCUAGUCCUCGGGAUACCGUGCUGUUCUCCCAGGGCAUGACUAAACACUUGUGUGAGUCACAUCUUUAGUUUCCUGUUCCUCACUCUGUUGAUCGAGUUUGUCUUCUAGGUUCAUAUUGGAUAUUUCGAAUGCACAUAUUUUAUUCAGCUGCUUUUCAGGGGAGACGCCAAAUCAUAAGAAGCAUGUUCCGGUUGAACACAUUAUUCACCCUCCUGUGAUGUCUGAAGAUGGAGGAAAUCCUUGAUUUGUCCUGUGCCUGGGGUCUCGGGGUGACCGUGUGUGUGGUUUCUCUUGAGAGAAAUAUAGGUGCAUUGAUCAAGUCAGUUAUUCUGUCUUCAGAGAUGCUCAGAAGGUUCCUGUUCUCGUCGGUUUUUCAAAGUCAGGGUGUGACCAACAAAAGGGUUGUUACAUUGUGUGGCAUGUGAAGGCGGCAUACUGAGCUUGAUCUUUGGAAUUAUCCGCAGAAAUGGUAUUUAGGCUAAGACCUUGGAUAUGCACUGCAUCAUAUUAUAAGGAUGUAAAUAAUAUAGGCAUGGAUGAUCAUUUAUUGUUUAAUCCACAGUAAGAGUUUUUGGAAUAUGGGUGAUGAUUUUCCUUUUUUUAGAAAUUGUUCACUGACAGGUUUUGUUCAAAUAUAAGGGGAUUAUAUACCCCAUUAACCAUAAAUAAAAUUUAUAAUGAUA